AUGAAUGAUCAAGGCAAGCCUCGUCUGGUCAAAUUCUACGAUUAUCAAGUUAGUGUAUUACAUCUUCAUUUUGGUAGCAAUGAGAUCCAAAAUGUUGAUUUGGAUGUAGAGGUUGAUAUUAUACUCCCAUUAUUGCAGGAUGCUAUGCUUGUCUGCAAGACCUUUGGAACACUAUACUUUGUCUUUGUAUUUGAUACCUACGAAAAUGAACUAGCGAUGCUAGAUCUUAUGCAAGGCUUACAGGUGCAUGCUAUUCUAGAUGAAAUUGUGUUGGGAGGUCAAGUUUUGGAGACAGAUUCUUCCUAUGUAUAUGUAGUGAAGGUUGUACAAGAAAUAAUUAGGUUGGAGAAGGCUGCAAAUUCAAUAUCACUAGUUCCAAAAUCAAUUAAUGCCUGGCAGGGAAGAUAG